AUGUUAUUCCAGCGUGGUUCUCGAGCAAUAUGGCGCCAAUGGCGUCUCUCCCGGAACUUUAAUUAUGUCGCCGAGUCUCAGGUUCGCGCCGCUCUAAUCAGAGGCUUUCAUUCGACGAGGAACUUCCAGACAGUAAAGCCCGUUUUGCUUGCUGACAUUGGCGAAGGUAUCGUGGAGUGCGAAGUCAUACAAUGGUUCGUCGAGCCCGGUGCCCGAGUCGAGGAGUUCUCGCGCUUAUGCGAGGUCCAGAGCGACAAAGCCUCCGUCGAGAUAACGAGUCGGUUCUCUGGCGUCGUAAAAAAGUUAUAUUAUGAGGCCGGCGAGAUGGCAAAAGUGGGCAAGCCCUUCGUAGACAUAGACAUACAAGGUAGCGCAAGUCAGCAGGACUUAGAUGCUCUCACCGCCCCUGAGCCGGCUACGGAAGGGACCUCUGAGUCAUCGACUAAAGAGUCCUCUAGUAACCCCCCACGAACUCAAGGCUCUACCGAUAAAUCAACCAAUUCUCUGGUAUCUGAAGAGCCAAGGCCCCAGUCAAUUCCUAUAAAGGGCAAAUAUGCAUCGUUGGCGACCCCUGCAGUUCGCCACUUAUCUAAAGAAUUCAAAGUCGACAUAACGGAAAUUCAGGGGACAGGGAAGGAUGGAAGGGUUCUAAAGGAAGAUAUCUACAAGUUUGUAGAGAGGAGAGACACACCCAGCCAGCCGACUCAGCACACAAGCCCCUCUCCCUUGACACCACCAUUAGACUCGGAUAAACAGGUCGAAACAGUCACCCAACUGACAAAUACGCAACACCAAAUGUUCAAAACCAUGACUCGAUCCUUAAGUAUACCACACUUCCUCUACGCAGAUGAAAUCGAUUUCUCCCAAUUAUACGAGUUACGUCAACGGCUAAAUAAGGUGGUCUCACAAUGGAAGGGAGAGGGGUUAGCAGGGGAAGUAUCGAAAUUGUCAUAUCUACCUUUUAUUGUCAAGGCAGUUUCCAUGGCACUAUAUCAAUAUCCUAUACUUAACGCGCGCGUCGAAGUGGAUCCCGGGACUUCGAAGCCUACACUUGUUCACCGCAACCUGCACAAUAUCGGUGUGGCUAUGGACACACCCUCAGGUUUGCUAGUGCCUGUAAUCAAGAACGUGGGUGCCAAAAGUGUGCUUGCAAUAGCGGCAGACCUAUCGCGUCUGCAGUUGCAAGCUGCAGCUGGUAAGCUAUCACCCCAGGAUCUGACCGGUGGGACGAUCACCGUGUCUAACAUAGGCAAUAUUGGGGGGACCUACGUCUCUCCGGUGAUUGUCGAGAGAGAGGUUUCCAUCCUAGGGAUUGGUCGCAUGCGCAAAGUGCCAGCGUUUGAUGCCCAGGACCAGGUAAUUAAGAAAUAUGUUUGCAACUUCAGCUGGAGUGCCGAUCACCGGGUCGUGGACGGCGCGACGAUGGCGCGGGCCGCUGAGGUGGUGCGUAAGAUCGUGGAGGAUCCAGAAGUGAUGGUUCUGCAUCUGCGGUAGAUAGUCCUAUCCACUAUGCCCGCCCUUCCCUUCUUGAUGCCCAAGUUGAGAGACAGUCACCGAUGUAACUAGGGUCGGGUGAACCGGCGGGGGAACCGAGACGCCACUUGCGUAACCCUCGCCGGUAUCUUACAUACGGAGGAUUCGGGCUAGAGAUGAUAUGUCAUAUUUAUAUGCUAGGGUGAUCGGUACCAUGCCCAUUUCCUGUGUCUACCUACAUAUUUUAGUAUAUGUAGGUAGUCACAAGGCUAACCGAACGACGUAGCACAACAUUACAUAGUAUAGCGAUGAUAAUAUAGAAAGCAUUACUAGAUUAGGAUGUUAGGUAUCAUCGG